AUGGCGAGAAUGGAGCUGCCGGUAUUGGACAAGUUUUGCUUCGUCUUCCAUCUGAGGACGGGAGGGAUCACGAUGGGCAUUUUAAAUUCAAUUGUUACGUUCCUCCUCGCUGUGCUCCUGAUUACGUUCGCCGUGGACAUCAAGGAUGCUUCGGAAGCGAUGCAGAGACGCGAGGACGGAGAGGCCGCCAUGUCCUCGGUCGUCUACACGAUCGUGGUGCUGGUGGUGAUUCUACUGUUCAUCAAGUUCCUCCUCGACCUGGUCUUCGUCUACGCCGUGUACAGGGAGAAAUGCGGCAUUAUGAAAAAGUACUGCAUCUUCUGGAUAGUGUUCCUGAUGCUCUUCAUCAUCGGCUUCCUGAAGACCCUGUUCCACAUGACCGCUGGACACGUGAUUGCUCAGAUCCUGUUUCUGGCCGAAAACCUCUACUUCAUCAUCGUCAUCCGUAGCUACCUUAUUUCGAUCAACGAAGAUGGCGUCCUA